CCCGGAAAUAUGUUUACUGGAUCCAUUAAGGAGGCUCUCUGAAUUAAUUGCCUUUAUUUCAUGUAUUAUAGUCGUUUAGGAUCGAACUUUAUAUGGUUCAUCCAAAUAAUAAGGCAUAAUUAAACAAUUUGUUGAUAUUUUAUAAUGGUUGAUGUGAGGUUAUAGGCUACUCAAGCUACAGUAUAUGCCCAGGAGGAGGUAUUCCUGUUUAAUAGAAACGGGGUGCAACUUCCUUAAUAAGUGACGUCAGAGGGCUGGGAGCAGCGCGCAUGCUCGGGAGUGUGGAGCGGCAGCCGCAGCACCGAGCAGCGAGCGAAACAACAGCAGACAUGGCAAGAGAUGGCGAGGGACGCGAGCACACUGACACCAUGCACUGCUGAAGGAACGGGGGCCUUAACAUUUCUUCACCGAGGCGGUCAGAAAAAUUACAAAACUUUAUAACACAUACCAAAAAGAAAAGAAAAAAAAUAUAUAAAGGAAAGAAACGGUAUUUAAGACAAAAGAGAUACAAAAACCGGAACUUUUUUUCUGAUGAGCGCACUUCUUUGGACACUGCUCCGCUAUAUCAGAUAGAUGAUUUGUCCACUCGCUUGCACGUAUAAUGAACGCCCAGCUGUCUAUGGAGAACAUUGGCGAUCUGCACGGAAUCAGCCAUGAACCCAGCGCAGCGGAUCUCAUGACCGGAGACAGCUCUCAUCACAGAAGCCAUCGGAGCAGUCUGUCAGCCCAUGCGCGCUCCAUGGGUAUGGCAUCAAUCCUGGACAGCGGCGACUAUCAUCAUCACCGGCCCCCGGAGCACCCCGGGCUCGCCACCCACCUGCACCCGGCCAUGGGCAUGGCGUGCGAGGCUCCCCCCGGGAUGAGCAUGAGCAGCACCUACACAACCCUCACCCCGUUACAGCCCUUACCGCCGAUCUCCACCGUCUCCGACAAAUUCCCCCAUCACCAUCAUCACCACCAUCACCACCACCAUCAUCACCCGCACCAAAGGAUUCCGGGCAACGUCAGCGGGAGCUUUACCUUGAUGAGGGACGAUAGGGGUCUGGCCCCGAUGAACAAUCUCUACUCUCCUUACCACAAGGACGUGACCAGCAUGGGACAGAGCCUAUCGCCCCUGUCUGGGUCUGGACUGAGCGGCAUCCACAACUCCCAGCAAGGUCUGCCGCCUUACGCGCACCCCGGGGCCACCAUGCCCGCCGAGAAGAUGCUUACGCCCAACGGAUUCGAGGCACACCACCCCGCGAUGCUGGCUCGACACGGGGAGCAGCACAUGAGCGCGUCCUCGGCGAGCAUGGUACAGAUAAAUGGCAUCCAUCAUCACCCUCACGCCCAUCUUAACGCCCAGGGCCACGGCCAGGUGCUGGGCUCCACACGGGAGCAAAACCACUCUUCCAUGCCCGGAUCGCAGCUCAAUAACGGCAGCAAUUCGGGUCAGAUGGAAGAGGUCAAUACCAAAGAAGUGGCCCAGAGGAUCACGACGGAACUGAAAAGAUACAGCAUCCCGCAGGCUAUCUUCGCGCAGAGGGUGCUGUGCCGCUCGCAGGGGACGCUUUCGGACCUGCUUCGGAACCCUAAACCGUGGAGCAAGCUCAAGUCCGGCCGAGAGACCUUUCGCAGAAUGUGGAAAUGGCUGCAGGAGCCUGAGUUUCAGAGAAUGUCGGCGCUCAGGCUCGCAGGUGAGAGAACAAUAGCGUGCAAGAGAAAGGAGCUGGAGCACGGUAAAGGCGAGCGGGGGAGUGUCUCCAAGAAGCCCCGGUUGGUCUUCACCGACGUCCAGCGUCGGACUUUACAUGCAAUAUUCAAAGAGAACAAGCGCCCGUCCAAAGAGUUACAAAUCACCAUCUCUCAGCAGCUGGGCCUGGAGCUCGCGACCGUCAGCAACUUCUUCAUGAACGCGCGUCGGCGGAGCCUAGAUAAGUGGCUGGACGACGGCAGCUCGAACCCGGUCAACUCCUCAAGCACUUGUACCAAAGCGUGAUGGAGGAAAAACAAACAAACUUCGGUGGAAAAGCUUUAAACAAAGAACACUUACAAAGAGACAAUUUUAGACAGCGUUUUGCCCUUAAAACUUGUACAAAAACGAUAUUUAUAAUAUCCAAAGAGAAAACACCAAAGACUCCUUUGACCCGCAUUUAGGACUUUGUUCGUCCGUGUCUGACAUACUGCAAAAAAACAAAAAAAACAAAAAUGAAGUUACACUCCAAUCACUGGUCGCGCCCAUCUCAACACACCUCCUCGUGUCUCUUAACGUGACUCAUUCACGGACUUAUUCCUCGUCAACGAUUGACAUUUGUCUCAAACGUGGAAUGAUUUGUUGUUAUUUACGCCGAUGUCAGAUUCCGUGUCGUCACUGAGGCGGGUCUCAAGACCUGACGUCACACGCUCACCUGUGCGUUUGCAGACAUCCCUUAAAGUCAAUAGGCCCUCAAAUCUAACCUGAAUGCGUAAAUAUGACUAGCUGGUGUGGAAUCUUGACACGGGUUGCCCUCAGGAUAGUGCUUUCUUCCUAUUUGUUAGAAAAGUAACCCCGAGAAUACAUAUGCACUUGCCAUCUUGACUCUUCUUAAUCACAGAUGGUAGAACCAAAGAAACAUGUGUAUUUUUAAAUCAGGCCAAACUUUUUAGCCUGCCCCCUUGAAUCAUGUGUCUCAGUGUUGUGUAAUCUGGUAACGUGGAUAGUAGGUAAUUCAUUUUACAUAUCAUUUUAACCCAAUCACCUGUCAGAUACGUCUUUGUGUGUACGCACGCACCCACGCCACAUCCUAAUCCUGCGUCAGUCCAUUCUUGGGAUUAUUUCAGGGAGAUGUUUUGCUAGCUUUAACCUGCCUUUUAAAUCUAUGUUUAAAAUAUUUCAAUGCCAGUGGCUAAAAACCAAAGAUAAACAGCACCUGUCACCCUUUCAUUUUCAUAUCCAUCAGUUCAACAAAACUUUAUUUUUAUGUCUUUCUUCUGGGUGAAAUAGCUAAUAAUGUUUUUGGUUAUUUAUUGUCACCUGUUUGCUUUGUCUUGAGCAAAUGUGCAGGCAUGCUUUAACCAUGCGUCCUCCCUCCAAAAAUCUCUAGAUGCCUACCCGAUGUCAACUGUUUGCAGAGCCACAGAGACAGGUGUGAUUCCUCAGGACGUUUAUUUCAGUGCCAUCGUUAUUUUCAUUUCAUGUUAAUGCACAAAAACAGUUCAGAUGACUGGUCACUUCUUAAAAUGUCAUAUCAUAUUAGAUUAGAUUUCUCAUUGAGGUCAUUCCGGCUAAAAGCCUGUUUGCAAGCCUAAUGCAUCAUUUUCACGACAUCAGGGGGCCGAACCCGAAACCCAGUUUGAGAAAAGGGAGCGCAUUCUAUGCAUUUCACAACUAGGAAGAAAGCAUUAUAGAGUUUGUGAUGUGUUAAGAGACUCAUUCAGACUAAGAUAUCCGGCCCUGUUGUCUCGUGUGGUGUGGUUUAGCUUUAACAUAUAUUUGGUAUUAAGACUAUUAAGUCAUCGAAGCAUACCUAUAUAAAGAGCGCUGCUUCCUCGUGUAGAUUAAAAGAAAAAAAGUGACAAGACCUGCUGAUAUUUAUAGUGUGAACCAAAGAUGCUACCUCAGUCCGUUUCCAUUCGUGAUUUCUAUCAAAGUAAUGAUACCAAAGAAUACCAAAGAUUUGUUCUCUUUGCACGGCCUAAAUGAAUGAUAAGGUGGAUGAAUAGAUGAUGCUGUUUUCCAGCCCUCCUUCUUUCCUUUGCUCUCUCCCUCCCUCUUUUUUGCUCGCAUAACAGCGCCCUCGGCAGACAUGUGUUAAACUCACAGGACGAGUGCCUUGCUUGAACCAAAGUGUUAAACCGCCGUUAACCUCUCGACUCCCACCUUUUAACUCUCGGAAUACCUCAGCCUGUGGAAAGGCCACUGACAAAGAAACAAAGAGGAAUAUUUCUUCUCUCUCACCGUGGUGCUUUUGCCAGUGCAACCAUGCAACGAAAACAUACCAAAGGAAUUUCUCUUGCUUUCUCCGACUCUUUUGCUGACAAACCAAAGCUCCCGCCCACCUCCCUUUUAAGCGCCGCUUGCCCCGCCCCCUCGCCACGUCAUACGUGGGUGUGUCCACCGAUUAGGCCGUGCACGUCAAUAUCUGAAUACCUCAUAGUAAUAAAUUUUCACAGUUCUGUUGUAUAGAGAGUUUAUGUGAUUAAGGCAAAACCGAACUAGUUUGGUAACCGUACUACUUAAAAAAAAGCGUUGAGUAUUUAUUUUGACGGCUUUUGCUAAAGUGUUCAGUUUCGGCGAGUUUCUGGGAUAUCAGACUGAAACUUGCAGGAAGGACAAGAGAAGCUUAUUUUUUAUUAAAGCUUUGUGUUAUUCCGAUACUCCAAGGAUGUUCGACUAUUCUUUUUUACAGGGUAAAACCAACUGCUGUGAUACUGUGUCUCUAUGUUUCUUCUACUAGCGUGUUGUGAUUUCUGUUUAUUUAAUUGCAUUUUGUAUGGCUUAAUCUCUGUUUUAAUUUAUGUAUUUGUAGAAAAUAUAGAUUUGUACAUAGUAGGUUUUUGGAGAAAACUAAACAAAAACGAAACAAAAAUGGACAUUCACUUUUUAUGUUACAGCCUUAUGUCUGAAGUGUAGAUAUAUGGAUCAAUUUCCAUUCCUCUUUGUUUGUAUGUUAGCUGGCACUUUGGCCCAUGUACAAAAGCACUGCCAGAGAUCCGAAUGGUUCGCCCACAGAGACCCAGAGGACCGACCUCUCUCUGUUGCGUCGCAGGCGGUGUGUGUUGUUUUUUUUCUUUUCCAUUUUAUUUAAAUGUUCUGAAUGAUUUGUUCUUUGUAUUUCAAAUCGUUGUUUUAUGGGUAUUGCUGCACAUCCAAAGAUUUUUAAACAAACCAAAAAGUGUGUGGGGGGGAG